UUAAAACUUUAUGGAUUAUCUAAAGACCCGGAAACUAAAGAAUUUAUAAUGGUCAUAGAAUUCGCUGAUAAAGGAAAUUUGAGUGGUAGUCUCUCAAAUAAUUUUAAUAAUAUUUUUUGGAAACAUAAAAUUAAAUUAUUGCAUGAUUCAUCAUUUGAUUUACGUGAAUUACAUAAAUUAGGAUAUUUUCAUAAAGAUUUUCAUAGUGGAAAUAUCUUACGACUUAGUGAUUUUGCGUCUUAUAUUUCAGACUUUGGAUUAUCUGGACCAGCAAUUGAACAAAAAUCAGAUGAAAAAGUAUACGGGGUAUUGCCAUAUAUUGCUCCAGAAGUCUUAAAUAGAGAACCAUAUACAUCAUGUGCUGAUAUUUUUAGUUUUGGUGUAGUUAUGGCCGAAUUAUCAUCUGGAAAACCACCUUUCUACAAUAAAAAACAUAAUUUAAGCUUGGCAUUAUCUAUAUGUAAUGGAUCUAGGCCAGAAUUUGGAAAUGGAACUCCUGGAUUUUAUAAGAAAUUAGCUUAUAAAUGUAUGGAUGCUAAUCCAGGUGAAAGACCAACAGCUUAUGAAUUA